CCCCUCGCCGCUCGCCAGACUGGCUGCGACACUGGCCCUGUUCAAUGCUGCGACUCCGUCCAGAGCUCGUCUGACCCCGUCACUUCGCUCCUCCUUGGUCUCCUCGGCAUUGUUGCCGGCGGCGUCGACGUCCCCAUCGGUGUGAACUGCAGCCCGAUCACCGGCAUCGGUCUCGGCGGCAACAGCUGCAGCGCCUCCCCCGUCUGCUGCACCAACACCAACAACGCCUCUGGUGUUCUCUCCGGUCUCAUCGGCAUCGGCUGUGUCCCCGUUGACAUCAGCCUCUAA